UACAUAUAAACAGAGGGAGAGAGAGAGAGUGUGUGUGUUAGAGAGGGUAGAAAUGUAUUUAUGGAGUGCGUGGCCAAAUAAGAUGGCAUGAAUUUUCACUUGUGGUCGCCUAUGUUAAUUGUUUACAGUGUUCUCCUGGUGCUGACAUGCUUAAUAGGGGACCAUCUACCUCGGAUGAACCAUGUCGGGCCCUACAUCAACCGUCAUCUAUUCCUGAGGGUUGCCAUCGACAACUUCACCCACGGUAUAAUCGGAUUCCUUUCCUGGGCCAUAGUGCUCGAUCUCGAUCUAGUAAACACCGACACCAACGCGCCUGUUAUGUUCCUUCCGUCUUCUGGGUUCGUCCCCACCCGAAGCCUGAUGGACGUACAGCAGAGUAGCCUCCUGGCCUGUUUGCUUUGCAUGGUACUGGCCAUGUCUGUGGACGUUGACCAUUUCCUGGCAGCGAGAAGUUUCAGUCUUCAGGACGCCCUCAGUCUACCUUCAAGACCGCCAUUCCAUUGUACCACACUGAUUCCUGUUGUCGUGGCUUCAUCUCUCCUCAUGACGUACGCGUUUCAUUCAAGACAGUUUUGCCGGUGCUUCAAAUUCAGUCUCUUGUUCCUCACAGCAUUUCUCUCUCAUCACAUUCGGGACGCUCGCCGCCACGGCCUGUGGCUCUGGCCGUUCGGCGCCACCCCUCCUUUACCAUAUAUGGUCUACAUUCUGUGCACACUCCUCUUACCAGUCGCUGUUAAAUUCUGUCACAGUACUUUAUUUAUAGAGAAUCAACCAACUCAUCUGGGAUCCAUUCAAAUACUCUGAGUGUCGAAAUGGUCAUGGGUUUUCAUCGUCUGACACUGGGCUAUUACAUACAUACUAUGUAUAUAUAUAUAUAUAUAUAUAUACACAUAUACAUGGAGACUAAUAUUGAGCAGUGAGACUGAGUGCUCAGCACCCAUAUUUAUAAAUGUUUAUAUGUACACCUACAUACACAUAUAUUGAACAAUUGUGAAGAUCACUUCACGUGAAACCAUUGGUUGCCUUGUUAACUCACAAAUAAAGUAUAUAUAUAUAUAUAUAUAUAUAUAUAUAUAUAUACAUUAAAAUAGAAUAA